AUGUGCAAUUUGUUUAUGCUUACCGAUUGUGUGAUGGUUGAAUUUAGAUGCAUGCUUGUGGUCAAUGCUAAAGUUAUCCGUAACAAGCAAACUGGACAGUCAAAGGGUUAUGGCUUUAUUGAGUUUAAUAGUCAUGCUGCCGUAGAGAGGAAUCUGCUAGCAUAUAAUGGGACUUUGAUGCCUAAUAUUGAGCAAAAUUUUAGACUUAACUGGGCAUCUCUUGGCUCCGGUGAAAAGCGUUCCGAUAAUGCUCCUGAAUAUACAAUAUUUGUUGGUGACUUGGCAGCUGAUGUCACUGAUUACAUGCUUCAGCAGACAUUUAGGGUUAACUAUCCUUCUGUGAGGGGUGCUAAGUCCAACAAUGGUUUUGUUAAAUUUGGGGAUCAAAGUGAGCAGUUACGUGCUAUGACAGAGACGAAUGGGCAGUUUUGCUCGACCAGGCCAAUGCAGAUUGGUCCUGCAGCUAACAAGAAGGGUAUGGGUGGUCAGAUUCAAGAUUUUGGAUCUUUUGUCUUUUGUUUAGUUGUCAUAAAUUCCUUCAAUGGUUAA